AUGGGACUUCCGAAGAAGCGCACUAUGCUCCUCCCAUGUAAAUUACGCAUAGCACCAUGCCGUACCACAACCAACUGGUCCUAUCGUAAGACUGCAGCAGAAACUGGUACCUACGAGCUUACUAAAAGAUAUUUAGAAGAAGAUAGUGAUAGGAAAAUGUUGAAUAAUAGAUAUUAUGUUGAAUUAAAUUUUAUGUGCCAGUUGAUACGUGACAAAACUAUACAAAUAGAAUGGAACAUUUGUAUGAGAUGCGAAUCAGUGGCAGAAGAUUGGGAACAUAUAUGGUCAUGUGAUGAUAAUGAAAAGUCGGAAUAUGAAAUUCUAAUAGAUACAUUAGUUGCUACUGAAGAAAAGUUCAAGGAUUUAGACGAAGAAAGACAUAAAAUCGUCAGGACUUUAGCGAAAGAAAUAGUUGAUUUUAUGAUUACUCCAUCCAAUAUAUUAAUUAUAGGAAAACGACAAAUGUUGGAAGAAAUUUGGGAAAGUUGCUAUUUAAAUAUACGUUCGGGUAUAUGGAUACAAAGGUGUGAAAAGAUUAAUGAAAUAGAAAAAGGAAAAGGCGUCACCAAAGGUGAUAAAAAACGUAAACGAACACUAUGA